CCCCUGUGGCAGCUGUGGGAUAGUUGAUCUGUGGUCGUCCUUCCUGCAGGUUGGGUGUGGGGGAAGAAGAGGAGCAUCGCCCUGAGUAAACAUCAGUCUGAUAAACAUCUGCAGACAACUGCAGAGACGCUCCUGCAGCCUCCCUGCACGCCAGGCACUGUUUGUUUAUCCCUCACUGACUACCUUGGGACGAGGAUGGAGAGGUAUGAGAAGAUCGGGAAGAUCGGCGAGGGCUCGUACGGCGUCGUCUUCAAGUGCAGAAACAAGAACACCGGACAGAUCGUUGCCAUCAAGAAGUUUGUGGAGUCUGAGGACGAUCCCAUCAUCAAGAAGAUCGCCCUGAGGGAGAUCAGGAUGCUCAAGCAGCUGAAGCACACCAACCUGGUGAACCUGAUCGAGGUGUUCAGACGAAAGCGGAAGCUUCACCUGGUCUUUGAGUACUGCGAUCACACGGUCCUCAACGAGCUGGACCGCCAUCCAGCAGGCAUCCCGGAGCACCUCGUCAAAAGCAUAACCUGGCAGACUCUUCAGGCCGUCAACUUCUGUCACAAACAAAAUUGUAUUCACAGAGAUGUCAAGCCAGAAAACAUCCUCAUCACCAAACAGCAAGUCAUCAAACUCUGUGACUUUGGCUUCGCCAGGGUUCUCACUGGCCCUUGUGACUACUACACAGACUACGUGGCGACUCGGUGGUACCGGGCCCCGGAGCUGCUGGUGGGGGACACUCAAUACGGCCCCCCAGUUGAUGUGUGGGCGAUCGGGUGUGUGUUUGCAGAGCUGCUCUCUGGGAUUCCUCUGUGGCCCGGCAAGUCCGACAUGGACCAGCUUUACCUGAUCAGGAAGACUCUCGGAGAUCUGAUCCCUCGGCACCAGCAGGUUUUCAGCAGCAACCAGUUCUUCUGUGGAGUCUCCAUCCCUGAGCCACCGGAGAUGGAAUCUUUGGAUCAAAAAUAUCCUAAUCUCUCGCAUCAAACUCUGAGCCUCAUGAGGAGCUGUUUGAGAAUGGACCCGUCCGAGCGGCUGACCUGCGAGCAGCUCCUGCGCCACCCCUACUUUGACAGUAUGAGAGAGAAAAGCGAGAGCUUGUCUCGGGAGCAGGAUCGGCCCAACUACAAGAGGACACGUUUACCUCGGAGGCACCUUCCCCCAGGGUAUUUGCCACAAUUGACCAGCAGCAGCAUCUUUCCAGCUCUGGACAACAAAAAGUACUACAACAACCUGCGCAAAUUCAACUACCACCUCCCAAACAUCUAAACGCGACCAUCCUGAUCAGAAACGAACGUCUGCAUUUUCUGGACUGCUCAGGAAAUGAAGCAGAGUCUCAUAGACUGUAGUUUUCAAUCUUAAAAAAAAGACUUAGUAAAAGAAAAAAAAAAAAGAUUUAGUAACUUUUUACCACGUUUGUUCCUCCUGAGGCAUGCUGGGUGCCUCCUACUGUGAUCCUAUGCACUGUACCCAGCGUGUAUAGUCAGACGUGUUGCUUUGUGUGUCUUGCCAGCUUUCUAAGCUGAUAUUUUGAGACAAAGAGGAGCGCCAUGCUGCUCUGCUUGUUGUUACGGAGUUGACUGAGGGGAAAACUAUGCUCUACUGCCUUCCCCAGUUUGCCAAAUUUUUUUUAUUUAAAUUAUACAACGGACUUUCUUAAAGUGACAUUUUUGUAGCGAGUUUAAUCUUUUAGUAAGUUAUAAUUCAGAGUACAAACCUUAAUCAGUUCUAAAAAUCUAUAUUUGACGUCAGAGAAUACAGCUGCAAACGUUCCUGUUUACUACCCUUCAUUCAUUUUCAUCUUCUUUAUCCCUGGAACUUUUAAUGCUAAGGAUGCUUUCACCAAAAUGCCAAAGUAUUCUAAAGAGGAAAUUAAAAAAAAGAAAAAAAAAGUCCUAAGCUUUUCCACCAGCAUAACUGAAUAACCUUGAAUAAAUUUGAAUAUGUCAGCGAGAA